CUCCGCCCCCAGCUCAGGGCUAUAGCAGCUGCAUUACAUGGGACUCGGCUCAUUGGCUGCUUCUCUCCCACAUCUGCUGCUCCCACAGCCCUGGGGCCCCGGUACCUGCUGCACAUCUGGGGCUGAUCCUGCCGCACAGAGCCCCCCCCAGGCCUCCGGGAUAUCCCAGCUCCCCUCCUCCUCCUCCCGAGCCUUCACUCAUGGCUGGAACCUACUCCUUCCUGGGACUCUUCUUAGCUCUGGCCUCUGGGAAUAACCUGUGGGAAGUGCCCGCCCCAUCCCACCAGCAGUUCGGAGCCGCCAGGGGGAGCUGGGAGCCCCAGUGCCAGUACCAGCUGCGCCACCUGCAGGAUGGAGCCCGCAUUACAGCGCUGCUGCCGCCCAACAUUGAGGGACACUGGAUUUCUACCGGAUGUGAGGUUCGCCCGGGGCCCCAGUUCCUGAUCAGAUCCUACAGGUUCUACCCGGAGCGGCUGUUCAAGGCCCUGCAGUUCUAUUACCGGGACCCCCAUUGCCGGGACCCCUCGCACUCGCUGGUGAUUAAGGGGAAGGUGCGGCUGCGCCAGGCCUCCUGGAUAACUCGGGGGGCCAUGGAGGCGGAUUACCAGUUGCACAAAGUGGGGGUGUCGUUUCACAGCCAGGAGAUGAUGAGCCGGGUUCGGGCCCAGAUGAACAGAACCUGCGCUGGGUUUGUGCAUACGGGUCGGAGCUGGGCGCCGGGGCGAGUGUACGAGUUGGUCAGUACCAAGCUGGGCCGGGACUGCAGCGGCGCCAUUGGGUUUACUAUGCACGAACUGAGCCUCCUGCGGCUGGAGAGACAGUAUAACCCUCAGCACAAGGGGGCGCUGGUGGAGAAGCUCUUCCUGGGGGACAUUCACACCGACGAGUCCGAGAGGGUCCAUUACCGGCCUACUGGCUACCAGCAGCCCCUGCAGAGUGCCCUGCACCAUGUGCACCCGUGCCCGGCCUGCAUGGAAAUAUACCGCGCAGAUGAGCACCGCCCCCCAGUGAUGCCACGCCCCUCCCAUCCCCCGGAGCACCUGAUUGGCCAGUGGGUGAGUGGGCAAUGUGAGGUGCGGCCGGCGGUGUUGUUCCUCACUCGCUACUUGACGUUCCACGGAGACGGGCACACGUGGGAGGGGUAUUACCAGCACUACGCCGACCCCCUGUGCCGGCAGCCCACCUUCACCCUCUUUGCCUCCGGCCAUUACAGGCAGGGGCCCCGCUCGGAGCGGGUGGCAGGCGGGACGGACAUGGUGUUCCGAGUGACCCGGGCGCGGGCGACGCCGCUGAGUCCGGCCGCGGUGCAGAUGCUGAACGCCUCGGGGCCGGGGGGCUGCGGGGCGGCCGGACGUUGGGCAGUAGGAGAGGAGCAGGACAUUACGGAGACGGGGGGCUGCCAGGCUCUGGGGAUCCGCCUCCCCCAUACGGAAUAUGAACUGUUCAAAGUGGAAGAAGAUGGCGGCGGCGGGGGGCGACUCCUCCUGUAUCUGGGCGAGCGCCCCACUGACGGCUCCAGUCCCGACUCGCCCAAUAAGAGGCCGACGUCCUACCAACCCCCCCUCAUCCAAUGCGCCGGGGCGCCCCCCGUCCCUUCCCUGCACAGCCCCCUCGUAGACUCUGUGCCAAGCCGGGCGCCCAACCUGCACCCCCACCCCGCCCUCGGCUCUGCCCUGGCACUGGGGGCCCUUGUGUUAAGACUAAACUGAUGCAAAUCAGCUGAUCAGAUGCACCUCUCUGGCCAAUCAGAGGCCGAACCCUAACUAUAGACAAAGCAGCCAAUGGAACGUAUCGCUGGGACGUAUUUGGCCGAGGCCUCUGAUAGGCCGAUCGUCAACUUCCCGCUCAAGAAGGCUGCCCAACGUGGCAAGGCGGGGGAGAACUUGCCCUUGAUGCCCUAUGUAUAUAGGUGUAUAUAGAGCUGAGCUACAGCGCUGCCUUCUCAUUGGCUGGGGAGCCCCCGCAGCAGCGCAUUGUUGUAUUUAAUGACCCCCCAGUCACUUUCCCUCCACUGACACCUAAAGGGCUUGUUCACCUCCAAAUUAACCUUUAGUAUAAUGUAGAGAGUGAUAUUCUGA